AUGUCAACAGACACAGAUGUUUCCCUUUCUUCUUAUGAUAACAAUCAGGGAUCCAAACUUGUUCUCAUUGGAAUGGUGGGCUUUCUAGCAGUUGUUGCAUAUGGAUUAUACAAAUGGAUGAGCACAGGAAAUGCUAAAAUGUCCCUUCCCCUGAUCCACAUGUGUGUGGCAGCCCAAGGCUUUGUUGUAGAAGCAAUCACUGUUGGUAUGGGCUGUUCUGUGUAUUAG